CUCUCAGGCGGCGUCACCGCACGGGCCGACCUCCCGGGGGACACUGGGACAGGAGCGCGGCGGCGAGUGGCUGCGCUAGGGAUGGCGUAGCAGCGACGCGGUGACGCCACAAAAAUGGCGGACGCUGGAAAGCGCCGUUCCUGACUCUAAUGUACUUAGACACUUGAAGCCACAAAAGGAUUUAUCCCCGAGGUUCCUCGUCUGCUCGCGAGGAUGCCUUUUCUCUUCUGCCUUGCGAAAUAACAGCAGCCUAGCUGGUGCCCGUGACCAGGGAGGAAGGCAGCGUCGCGGGCUGAUUACGUUUCACCCAAAGGGUGCCGGCGCCGAAUUGGUUUCUAACGAGAACUUUUAAAAUGAUCCGUUCCAAGAAAGGGUAGGAGCCGCGAGACCCUCCAACUGCCCAGGGAAAACAAGUCUCGUCUGGCAAAGUUCUCGGCCCACGCGGUCCGCGGCCAGGGGCCAACGGUCCCUCGCCCCACGUUGCCGCAGCACUGCGCGUGCGCGAGCCGCUGUCAAACGCGCUGACGGAGGCCGAGAAGAAAAAAAGGCGGGAGCCGCCAAUCCCGGGUUGAGCAAAAUGGCGCGGGAGAAGGAGAUGCAGGAGUUCACCCGUAGCUUUUUCCGAGGCCGCCCGGACCUCAGCACGCUUACGCAUUCCAUCGUGCGGCGGAGGUACUUGGCUCACUCGGGCCGCAGCCACCUGGAGCCCGAGGAGAAGCAGGCACUGAAGCGGCUGGUGGAGGAGGAGCUGCUGAAGAUGCAGGUGGAUGAAGCCGCUUCCAGGGAAGACAAACUGGACCUUACCAAGAAGGGCAAGAGGCCUCCCACCCCUUGUAGCGACCCGGAGAGAAAAAGGUUCCGCUUCAAUUCAGAGUCGGAGUCCGGCUCUGAAGCCUCCAGCCCAGACUACUUUGGACCCCCAGCAAAGAAUGGGGUGGCAGCAGAAGUCAGCCCAGCCAAAGCGGAGAAUCCAAGGCGAGCCUCAAAGGCAGUUGAGGAGAGCAGUGAUGAGGAACGGCAGAGGGACCUGCCCGCACAGAGGGGAGAGGAGAGCAGUGAGAAGGAGGAAAAGGGGUACAAGGGGAAGACUAGGAGGAAACCUGUGGUAAAGAAGCAGGCACCAGGCAAGACCUCAGUCAGUAGGAAGCAGGCCAGGGAAGAAAGUGAGGAGAGUGAGGAAGAACCCGUUCAGAGGACAGCAAAGAAGGUGGAGGGAAAUAAAGGAACUGAAAGCCUGAAGGAAAGUGAACAGGAGAGUGAAGAGGAGAUCCUAGCUGGGAAGAAAGAGCACAGAGAGGAGGAAGUGCGGGAGGAAGAGAAAGAAGAGGAUGAGGAAAAGGGGGAUUGGAAACCCAGAACCAGGAGCAGUGGCCGGAGAAAGUCAGCUAGGGAGGAGAGGAGCUGUAAGCAGAAAAGCCAGGCAAAGAGGCUCUUGGGAGACUCAGACAGCGAGGAAGAGCAGAAAGAGGCAGCAGGCAGUGGGGAUGACAGUGGGAGAGAUAGAGAACCCCCAGUGCAGAGGAAGAGUGAGGACAGGACCCAGCUUAGGGGUGGUGGGAAGAGGUUGAGUGGAAGCAGCGAGGACGAGGAAGACAGUGGGAAGGGGGAACCCACAGCUAAAGGCUCUAGAAAGAUGGCCAGACUGGGCAGCACCAGUGGUGAGGAAAGCGACUUGGAGAGGGAGGUAAGUGACAGCGAGGUGGGGGGAGGCCCCCAGGGGGAGAGGAAGAACCGCUCUUCCAAGAAGAGCUCCAGGAAAGGCAGGACACGAAGCUCCUCUUCCUCCUCAGACGGAAGUCCAGAGGCCAAAGGAGGGAAGGCUGGCUCAGGUCGCCGUGGAGAGGACCACCCAGCUGUGAUGAGGCUGAAGCGCUACAUUCGGGCCUGUGGUGCCCAUCGAAACUACAAGAAGCUGUUGGGCUCCUGUUGCUCACACAAGGAGCGCCUGAGUAUCCUCCGGGCAGAACUGGAAGCCCUAGGCAUGAAGGGUACCCCUUCCCUAGAGAAGUGUCGGGCCCUGAAGGAGCAGAGGGAGGAGGCAGCUGAGGUGGCCUCCUUGGAUGUUGCGAACAUCAUCAGUGGCUCGGGCCGGCCACGCAGACGUACAGCCUGGAACCCUUUAGGAGAAGCAGCACCCGCAGGGGAGCUGUACCGACGGACCCUGGACUCAGAUGAAGAGCGGCCUCGUCCCGCACCCCCGGACUGGUCACAUAUGCGUGGCAUCAUCAGCAGUGAUGGCGAGAGUAACUGAGCUCUGCCACCCCCAGGAGGGACUCUUGAUACAUGUACAAAGCAUACAUAGCACCCCUUGCCGUGUCUGUGGAACAGAAGCAGCUUCCUUCAGAGAAGACUGCAGCUCCCAAGGACACAAGCUGUUGGGGAUGCUACUUCUCAGCUUCACGCUCUCCAUUUAAGGUGUUUAUUUUUUAAGACUCAAUAAAGGAGUGUUUGUAAUCACCUCAUCAAA